CUGUACCUACAAACACGCCACCAAAGACCAUCAGGCUUUAGGACCCUGUGAAACACUGAUGCUCUACCGACAAGAGCAGGAGAGAGGGAGAAGCGUGGGGGGUGGAGUGGAGCGCAAAAAGACAGUAGAUGAGGAAAAGAGAGAUGUGGAGAGAGAAGAGGAGAGGAAGAUGUAAGGUGCCGCUUCACUGCUGUACUUUAAGAAGUCUCGCCAGGGGGACUUAGAAGAGCACUGCUGGUAUAAAUACCCAGCAUAAACAGGAUUAAAAGAGCAACUACUGACUCCAUCAGAGAAGUGUGAAGUGAGAGAGACAGGCAGAGAGAGAGGGAGAGAGAGAGAAUAAAGUGUAAGCAUCAGCUUCAGCAGUGUGUCUCCAGCUUGCUUUACUACAACACUCAACUUGGAAGACAAGAGCUGUCACUUUUCAAACGGCUUCAAGUGAACUCUUUCAGUCUAACAUCAUUCCAUCUCUCUAUCUCUACACUAGAAAAAAAAUAGACUGAUAUGGAGAAUAUGUAGUGGUGCUGAAGUUCAGUGUGGGAUUCCUCUGCUUUGCUUCACUCAGUUCAGGAGCGCUGGGAGACACACACAAACAGACUUCACGGACUCAAGAGUUCAGCAUCAGAUUAAAAAGCGCAGUCCAAGUGCCAACAUGAGAGGUGAGAGGUGCUGGACGAGAUUCUGAGAGACGCCGUGUGGCUGGGAAUGUGUGGCGCAUAAAAAAUACAGGUCCCCACAAGAGCUUUCUGGUCUCAGCCGGUGCCAUAAAUCGAUAGCUGAGAACUCGGGUUUCUUCAUCAAGAUAUUUCUACUGGGGUACAAACAGAAUGAUAUUCUUGAGCACUUGCUGACCAGAAUCUGCACUCCAGAGGAUACUAUUUUUGUGGAUGUCUGAAGUCUUUUUCGCACUGCAGCUCUGAAAAACAUUGGCAGACUAAAAGAAUAUAUUUAUAUAUAGCUGAUAAUACUGAUAAGUCUUUCAGCUGCCUGUCAAGGAUCCUUUUUUUAACGCUUACGCUGACACUUUUGGCACUUCAGAGACUAUUCCUAUCAGCUUUGGUCUGUCUAAAUCAUAGCUAUUUUUAUUCCUCUACAUAUUUAGAUGAAAAGUCUCCCACUACAAAACCAUUUGUGUCUACUUGUCUGAAUGGUUGAGAGCAGAAGGGAGGUUCACGCUUAACAUUUUCCCAUUUUCACAACCUGUCUACAGUCUGGUGCUAAUCAUGGUUUUUCAUCACUAGAACUGACUUCCAUCUUUUUUUCAUGCAAAGUGAAACACAUUAGCAUAUUUAUGGGCUGAGAUAUAUCAAAUUGUGUACAGUGUGCUACAUGGAUCCUGCGUUCAGUCAUCAAACGAAGGAACAAAUAUCUUGCGACGUGAAGAAAAUGGAAUAUUCAAGAGCUCUGCGCACUUAAAGACGUGACAUAAGGCAGAACCUAGGAUGUGAUGGAGAACAUGAGUUAAAUUCCCUUCUUUAUGCUUGAAUCUGUGUGUAAUUAGCCAAAAUAUAUUCAUUUGUGUUACUGUUUUUAUAUUAAUGACGCAUUCAUAAGAACACUAUUAUUGGCCAGAUCAGCCAAGAAGCAUCAGUUGAUGUCAAAUCUCAUAAGAUGGAGAAUUUGGAUGAACUAGAACAUCCAUUGUUGGCUGACAGCCCUAAAAACUCAAGUGAAACAGGCACCAAUAGCGGUGGACUGUUAAAAGGCAUAUUGGUGAGAAACGAGGAGGACAAAAGACUGCCCCCGCUGGACUGGAGGAAUUAUUGCAGUUCUACAGAUAUUCAACAGCAGCAGCUACUGGAUCCAUGUUCGCUGCCCAGCACACUAGAGAGUUUUUAUCCUCCUACAACCAUCUGGGCCGCUGCUGACUCUCUAGGCAUCCACAGUAAGGAGUAUCUGGAAACUACUUUUGUGGACAUUGGCCCUGGUUCACCACUGGAAAGGAAAUUACUGGCAGAGACGAGAGAUGUCCAUAGUGUAUCCUACAGCAUAGAUGAUGGGGAUGACCUCUUGCCAGAUUUUGAGGACUCCUCCAGUGAUGACUUCAGUGAUACAGACAGUGAGAGCAACUUUCCCAUCAUGAUCCCUCAAGAUUACCUGGGUCUGGCUUUCUUCUCCAUGCUCUGUUGUUUCUGGCCUCUGGGCAUUGCUGCGUUCUAUCUUUCCCAAAAGACAAACAAAGCGUCAGCACAAGGAGAUUUCCAGGGUGCCAGUGCAGCUUCUCGGCAGGCUCUGUGGCUCUCCAUCCUUUCAAUCGUGUUCGGCAUCAUCACUUACAUCUGUGCCAUCGCUGCCCUGAUCUCCUAUUUGUCUGGAAAACCACCUUAAGACUACUGCAUUGGUAUCUUCUCUCAAUUCUUCCAGAAACACACUUCCCUGGUUCUUAAUCACACAAACCGCUGCUCUUUACAUACUCACAUUCAUUUACACCUCUGGAAAAGUACAAUUGACUUGGAGAGACUUGGUUUUCUGGAUAUAUAUAUAUAUAUUUUUUUUUUUUUUUUUUUUUUUUUUUGCUGAAAUUGCUUUAUAUGUGUCAAAUUAUGAUUGUGACUAGGGCUGCACAAUAUGUAUAUUGUUUUCAAACAGUAUAUGCUCUAAAUUACAAUUUUAUUUGAAACUUGGAAAUGUUAUCAGAAUAAAACAUAUAUUAAUAUUUUACAACCACUCCAUACCUAAUAAAUCCAGUAAAUCAAAAGAAAAGGGAAACAAUUUAGCAAAAAUAAUGUUACAGUAUUUUUCAACUGUACUAUUUUAUUCUUAAAGGGGUGGUCCAGAGUGUAUUUUUGAAGCUUGGCUGUGUUCAUGAGAUGCAAAGCAAUGUGUGCUCAUGCUUCAUUUGUAGAAAACCUUGUUAUUUAUUCAUGUAACUUACUUUGAUUACAUACUGCUACUCAGCUAGCAGGAAAAUGACCCUCAAGAGGCUCUGAUUGGUCAGAUAACAUAAUGUCCUGGGAUUCACAGAUUGGCUUCACAUCAUCAAGCAAUUCAAGCAAUCGCUAUUGCACUGUGUAAAUACUCAGUCAGAUUAGCUGUUAGCUGUAUCAGUUUGUACGGAGGACACAGCUGAACCUUACAUCAGCUUUCAAAAAUAAAAUCUGACAAGUGUUUUUCACAUGUAUUUGGAAUAAGCACGUGUAAGUAAUAUGAAACAUUAACAUGUCUAUUGUGAGUGUAUUAUUUGAGAUGUAGAACGCAUGGAAAGUGGCAGCAUAAAGACACUGCAGUGCUGCUAACGUUUGUGGGUGUUUACGACGGUUUGACUGAUAGAAUUUCCCAUUGUUUGCAUAUUUGUUCACGCCCUAGCUAUACCAACCAUUAACGCUAGAAACUGUGCAUGUAAUAGAUCAAUUUAAACAUACAAAAAUACUUUCAGGCUGUGGCUCACAGUCCACAGCUUCGUCGGUUGGUGGAGUUUUUAGACGAAUCCAGCACUGAACUGGGAGAGAUUUUAAAAGCUGUCCUUUGUCAAAUGCUAGCUAUAUAUAUAUA